GCAGCGCCGCCUGUCGGCUACGAAACAACUACUGAGUGACGCGGCGUCGGUACGAGGGACGCAAAACCAUUUCAUUUGGCUUCCGUUGUUUGGCGUUGGUUAAAGGCACAGCAAGAUGGCAGAUAACCAAUACGGUGGAUACGGGAGCGGCGGUGGUGGUGGAGGAGGCGGCGGAUCUGGAUACGCGGACUACUCGCAACCGCCUCCCACGGCCAGCUACCCCAAUAACUACGGGAACUCUUCCGGAAGUGGCGGCGGUGGCGGAGAUAGCUACAAUUCCGGAAACUCCGGUGGUGGUGGCGGCGGCGGCGGCUGGAACCAGAACAGUUCGCGCGGCGGAAAUAGCGGUUAUGGCGGCAGCAACCAAGGCGGUGGAAGUGGAGGAGGUGGUUACCAAGGAAGUGGUGGCUACUCCAACAGCGGAAGUGGAGGUGGUGGAUAUGGUGGCAGCAGUGGAGGAGGCAGUGGCUAUGGUAGCAGCGGUGGAGGUGGAGGAUAUGGAGAUCGUGAUCGUGGAGGCGGAGGUGACUAUAACAGAGAUAGGGGAGAUCGCAGAGGCGGCGGCGGUGGCGGUGGCGGAGGAUAUGGAGGUGGCGGAAGGGGUGGUUAUAAAGGCGGUUCAGGUGAAAUGGUCAUCCAGGAAGACACCGUUUUCGUUUCGGGCAUGGAUACAGAAGUUUCAGAGGCUGAAAUCGAGCAGCACUUUGGCGCUAUCGGCAUUAUCAAGACUGAUAAGAAGACUAUGAAAAAGAAGAUUUGGUUGUACAAGGAUAAGGCGACUGGAAGUUCCAAGGGCGAGGCCACAGUUACCUACGAUGAUCCGAACGCGGCGCGUUCGGCAAUCUCGUGGUUCGAUGGUAAAGAGUUCCGAGGAAACACCAUCAAAGUUCAGAUGGCCACGAAGAGGGAUAACUGGAGCGGUGGUCGUGGAGGAGGAAGAGGUCGUGGUGGCGGCGGCGGUGGUGGUGGUCGCGGAGAUGGAGGCGGCGGCGGCGGAUACGGAGGUCGCGGAGGAAGCCGUGACGGUGGUGGUGGUGGAGGCGGCGGUCGCGACAGGGAAGCCAGAGAUGGCGACUGGAGGUGCCCCAAUCCUGACUGCGGGAACACCAAUUUCGCGUGGAGAAAUCAAUGCAAUCGCUGCAACGAGGAUAAACCUGAGGGUGCAGGCGGUGGCAGCGGAGGCGGCGGUGGUGGUCGCGAUAGACGUGGUGGUGGCGGCGGCGGAGGAGGAGGCGGAUACCGAGGUGGAGAUAGGAGAGGAGGUGGCGGAUACGGAGGAGGCGGCGGUGGUCGUGGACGCGGUGGUGGCGGCGGCGGCGGAUACAGAGGCGGAAGGGACGGAGGAAGAGACGGCGGAAGGCCAAAGCCAUACUAGAUGUAUUAAAAACUAUAAAUUCUUAUAUAUAUUUAUAUAUAUAUAUUUAAGACGGACCGGAAACAGAAUUCCGGAAAUGCAUUUUAUAAAUGUACUUACAUGUGUGUCCUCCCUCCAUAUUAUCCCUCUUCCAAAAUUCCUGCAACAAAACCAUGCAGGAAAAUUUCCCCACUAUUUCAUUCAAUUUUCUCCUCUCGAUGUGAUGUAAGUUAUUUUUUUGACAAAAAAAAGAGAACACAAUUUAUUAAUUUAUCGAUCCACAUGAAAGCCGAGUAGAGUUGUUGAAGAGGAAAACAACAACAAC